AUGCGCUCCUUUGUGUAUACGCUUCACUGCACAAUGAGGCUUACUCAAGAGCGCAUAGCGGACGCAGCCAAAACGUCCUCCCAGGCUGACGAUUUAUACAUAGACGACGCGGGAUCAGGGGGUUACUACCCCGAAGAUGAUGAUGACUUUAACUCAGGGUCUGGUUCAGGCGCAGGUGAAGAAGUGGCUGAAGAAAGCGUGACGGUCAGCAUGGUGUACAUCGCGCCCAAAGCGGAAGAACCCACCAAGGACUCCACCAAAGACUUCACCCCCAAGGUGGAGACGGCGACGGUUCGACAAAAGCCUAGCGACAGCACGCCCAAGAAACCAUUCAGAACAGAGGCCCCAGCGCCUGUUACAGAAGAGAUGCAGAGGAACCAGAUGACCAGCACAACCAUCGCUCCAGGCUCAGCCCAGGAGCCCAUCGAGGUCCGCACCGAGAACCUCUUCCAAAGGACGGAGGUGUUGGCAGCUGUCAUCGCCGGCGGCGUGAUCGGCUUCCUUUUCGCCAUCUUCCUCAUCCUCCUCCUGGUUUACCGCAUGAGGAAGAAGGACGAAGGCAGCUACGACCUGGGCGAGAGGAAACCUUCCGGCACCGCCUAUCAGAAGGCCCCCACCAAGGAGUUUUACGCAUAA